AUGGCAAAGUCCCUCUCUAUUAACUCAGAUUCUGAAUCCUCUGGGGACUACCCUGCUUCACCACCUCCAGCACUUGAUGAAAAUCAGGCCUCCAUGAAGCUUGUCAUUGUCAAUGUGGCAGCGGGAUGUGACGUCCUCAAGUCCAUUCUUGAUAUUGGUCGUCGAGGCCACACCAGCCUCGCCGUCCAAAGCGCCUCUGGUACCAUUGCCAGUGUCACCCUCCGUCACAUCCCCCACAGUGUCCCUGCCCUUAGGGUUUAUGGCCCAUUCAACUUACUUUCCCUUACUGGUUCCUACUUUUACAACAACCAACACACCCUUCACCCAGGAGCCACCCCUCCCCCUUCCUUUUCCUUUGGGAUCCACCUCUCCACCUCUGAUGGCCAUGUCUUCGGUGGUAACAUAGAUGGUCCAGUCAUCGCAAGUAAGAAUGUUAGCUUGACCAUCUUCACCUUCAAGAACCCUGGAAUUGACAAAUACGUUCCUGAAGGCGAAGAAAACGAUGAUCAGAACGAUAAUAACAAAAACAAUAAGAAUUGUAAUAAUAGCAGAGGGGAUUUGUCGAUGUUGAACUCUGCUAGUUGA